GGAAAAUGAUACCGAAAAAGUCAUCCAAGACAAAACGCUUCAAUUACAUCAGCACACAUCAGCACAUGUCAGCACACUUCAAGUUCUGGUUCAACCAAGAGAACCAGAACUUGAAGAACGAAAAAGAACAAUCCGAUUUAAGGAUUAAGCGUCUCGAAGAUGAGAAUAAAGCCCUUCAAAUGUCCAACAAGCAUAAAGAUGAACAGCUCCUACAACACGGAGUCAGAGCAGCGACAGUGGAAUCACCGCCGCCCAGUUACAGCAAGGCGCAUGAAACGGGCACGGGCAAAAGCUUUCACUUCGAGAUGCCGCUACGAACUGGCACCGGUAAAAGAAGUGUCAAAAAUGAAAGAGAUGGCGAAAAGGUCAAAGACGACAAAGAGCCACCUUCGGAAAGUUACCCGCAUAUGAGCCGAGGUGACCCCUCACAAUUUCCUCCGCACAUCGAAACAAAUGUGUUCGUUGACGAUGGACGACGGGACAGACCCUCCAGCCGACAGGAGCGUCAAAGGAAAUCCCGUUAUGAGAAGGUGAAACGAAACCAAAAUGACGAUGACGGUAGCGAAGAAGAGGAUGAUCCGAGAGCAGAAACGACAGCAGCACAACUGACAAAAGCGCUCAACUCGAUGGCUCGGAAAAACACACUCGUGACCUUUGAUGGCAGCCGCGACACCGUAAAUGGUUGGACAAGAUUGGUAAAAGAAACGCAGAAAACCUACCAGCUUACCGACGAUCAAAUCAUGAUCGAGAUAGCCAGCGCGGUGAAAGGUCCCGCUAAAACCUGGUUUGAAGGAGAAAAGGAUAUUGCAUCAGAAGACGGAAUUGAAUACUCAGUAACGGAGUGGAUGGACAAAUUCAAAGACGAAUACGGUGAUCGAGAUGAAGAAGUCCUAGGCUUACGUGAGGCCUACGCAAGGAAAUUUGAACUCGGAAAGGAAUCGCUUGACCAGUAUUACCAGGCGAUGAUGCGCUUCAAGGCAAAAAGAAUCAUGCAGAAUCAAGCAGUCGGCUUCCUAAUUGAAGGAUGCAGAGUGGAUAACGAACUCUACAAAGCAUUGCGUACACAAAAGUGCAGAACGCCAACUGAUGUAAAGGACUUCUUCAGACAUUGGGCUACUGGCGAAGAAAAAUAUAAGGCGCCUGAAAUUCAACGUAACCAGGAAUACGUGACCAUCCGCCAAGGCCAAGUUGAAAAUGUACCACAACAAAGGAUGGCAGCUGCACCAGUCCAACAGCCAGUGGAAUACCGCGUGGAAACCCCGGUCAGAGAGGUCACGGAAAAGGUGACCUUUAUCGACAGUCAGACGGGGCAACCGAUAACAUACGCAAUGGUAGCGGCGAUACAAGCGGCGGCUCAGGUGAGACCGGUACCUCAGAAUGUGGCUCCACCGGUACCACAGAACGUGGCCCCUCCGAAUGUCGGGCUACCACAACAAGGAGUGGGUAACGGAAAUUUCAGUGGAAACGGAUACGGAAAUGGAAAUUGGAAUGGAGGUCAAGGGAACUUCCAGAAUCAGGGUCAAGGUCAAGGCUACAUUCAGCCAAAUAGAGGAAACCAGAACUACCUGCAGAACCAAGGGUCACGAACUGAGUUCAAGUUCCAAAAGAUUGACGGAUGGGUUGCAAACGGCGUACAGAUGUGCCAAUACUGUAUGUAUGGCAAUCAUCAGACACAGGGGUGCAAGUUCGUUAAAACACACCACCGGAACAGAAUCCGAAUCUGUUUGCCUUCCGAGAGUGGCAACGCCUUCGCGCUACGGGCGGCUGGCGUCAAGCGGUGGCAAAUGGAUAUGAUCUGAUCGCGCAAUG